GGGCAAUAGGGGAUCAUGGGGCCCCUGUGUCCUUGCCCAAACUCAACAAAGCCUAUGAAAAAGGUACCAGGGGCAUCUCAUGGGGCCCCCUACUGACCCGGGCCCCCGGGCAUAUAUAUCACAACAGCUAAAUCUUUGUCUGUAGUGCAUGUUCAAACCCAGGGGCGGACUGACAACUCAUGGGGCCCCCGGGCAAUAGGGGAUCAUGGGGCCCCUGUGUCCUUGCCCAAAACUCAAAAAAGCCUAUGAAAAAGGUACCAGGGGCAUCUUAUGGGGCCCCCUACUGACCCCGGGCCCUCGGCAGUGCUCGAGUUUCCAAAUGGUCAGUCCGCCCCUGUCAAACCUUAAUACCAUAAAUGAUAUGUUAUUAGAA